AUGAAGUCCGUCUUCGUUGUCGCGCUGGCCGCCGGUGCCAUUGCCGCCCCAUCUCACUUCGAAGUUGUGAAGAGGGGCAACCUGCCAACUCCAGUCUCUGCUGCAACUGCCAGGUCGUACUUGAGCCAGAUCCCAACAGAAGCCGAGAACAACAGCCCAGCAUACAACCGCGAUCUCUUCAACCACUGGAUCACUAUCUCCGGCCGAUGCAACACCCGCGAGGAAGUGCUCAAGCGUGAUGGAUCUAAUGUUGUGGUCGACAGCGAGUGCCGCGCGACUUCUGGAUCAUGGUACUCCGACUACGAUGGUGCAACCUGGAGUCUUGCGUCUGAUGUCGAUAUCGACCACGUUGUUCCACUCAGAGAGGCGUGGGUCUCUGGUGCUCGCAACUGGGACUCUGCAAAGCGACAGCAGUUCGCUAACGAUCUCACUCGUCCCCAGCUUUUGGCUGUGACCGAUACUGUCAACCAAGGAAAGGGCGACCAAGAUCCAGCUGAGUGGCUCCCAAGCAGAACUGCUUACCGAUGCACAUACGUUCGUGCCUGGACACAAGUCAAGCACUUCUACGGCUUGAGCAUGGAUAGCGCCGAGAAGUCGGCAGUCAGCAACAUCUUGAACGGAUGUUAG